ACGUACAGUUAGCUGGCUGUGCGCUGAGACACGCACGAACAGUACCAGAACAAUAACUUAUAGCCAGUCCAACGCGACUGGCGGUGAUCUGACAACAUCCCAGCUAAAGAAACCAGCCCGUGGCGAUGCCACCUGAAGGGCCGCUUUAUAGAAGAGUCAGGUCAGGGAACCAGCGAGCUGGCCCCAGGGUGAUGGUCUGGGCAGAAAGAGCGAUGUCCAACCAGACGAACCAUGGCGCUGGAACAGGCGAUCAUUGCUCGACAGUAUCCAGGAACCUGGGUAGCACGGCGACCCGUGCUUGCAUCUUCCUUCCUUUCUUUGCUUUUCUGUGCCGUUCUCUUCUGGUUGCCCUGCGCUUUUCGCUUUUUCCUUAUUUACUUUUCUUCUUUACUUUCCCCUGCCUGGUGCAUGGCGAAGAGUUCCCGUCUUUGCAGGUUUGCUAUUCCAGUCUGGGCUCUGGAACUCGCCGUCCAAUGCAGACCAGUUCAGGAGUGGCGGGUCAUCCUGCAGCUUUGGGAGACAAACAGCUUUUUGGGGAGAACCACGCAAGUCUGAGUUGUGGGAGGGAGGGUCGCCUUGUUCAGGGCAGCUGAAUGUCCAGCUCCCAUCUGCACGUAAAUUUCAAGAGCCCAAGCGGGUCGGGGAUUGGCUGUCAGAAUUGGAGGGGGAGGAUGUCGUGGAAGAGCUGAAGCCGAAGUGGAGGGAAAGUUGGGUUGUGCGAACGAGAAGGAUUUAAGACGGGCAAUUUGUUGCCACAUCCACUCGGAGGCCACGAUGGUCAGCAAACCACCGCUCAUCUUAUCUACUUGCUUUCUCUUCUUCCCGUCUUCCAUGGCCAGUCAGC